GUACUUACAUACACAUAUAACAUUUUUCUGCCUUGUUUUCGAGCAUGCUUACAACGUCUCAGCGUCACUCACAGACAUGUUUCCGCGUUAUUAAAAGAAAGGAUUUGCUAAAUUAUGAAAUUACAUGUAAAAACAAUAUAAUCUAUAUGUUAUGUAAUUGUAUCUUGCAUACUACUCUAUGUAUACAAUAAGUCUUUCUUGCACUUAUGGAUACUCCACAUUACUUCUUAAAUAUAAUAAUAUAAAACAAAUACAUUUGUGUUAAUCAUUGUCUUUGAACAAUGUUUUUGUUCGUGAUGUUUCAAACAAAAUUAAUCGAUAUAUUUCUGUAUUAUUAAGACGCAUCAUAUAUAGAAAACACACUGCAGUAUAAGUACUAUGCUAUGCGUUCUUGUAUCCAUAAAAUAUCAUUGAUUUAAAAAAACUUGUUUUGUGAAUGAAAAUGGAAGUUUUAAGUCAUUUUGAUCAUAUCGACGAAAGUGUGGAUGACAAUACAAUUAGCAAUGACAAUGUUGGCGUCGUUCUAGAGGAAGCAGAAAUAAUAGAUUGUGAUACAGAAAUAGAGACUGUCACAGAAGAGGAUAAUAUACAGUAUCAGUUGUGUGAAGUGAAUAGGAAUGAUAAUGCAGUAGCAUAUCAUGUAGUACAAGUUGGUGAUAAUCAUACAAAUAAUGCUGAAUUGUCAUUAGCUGCACCUAUAAACAAUGCUGUCCAAGUACUAACAUCUCCGAUAAAUGGUCAACUUUAUGUACUUAGCAAUGGUAAUGAAGUAGUCACCACUGAUUCUACAAGAUCGGUUGCACCAAGAGUCAAACUUCAGAUAGAUAAUCCACAAACCAUUCUUACUAAUAUUAAAAAGAGGGAUGAAAGAAGGAGAGUAACACACAAUGAGGUUGAAAGGCGCAGAAGGGAUAAAAUUAAUAAUUGGAUAUCAAAGUUGGGAAAACUUUUACCAGAAUGUGAACAAAGUACAACAGGAGAUGCUGAGGUAAAAACAAAUUUUGAACUACAGAGUAAAGGGGGAAUUUUAGCAAGGGCUUGUGAAUAUAUCACAGAAUUAAGAGAUGUACAAGAAACUCUUUCACAGAGUUUAGAUGAAAAUGCUCAGUUAUUAGAAGAAGCUAAAACUUUGAGACAAGUAGUUAAUCAAUUAAGAAAAGAAAAUUCUGAACUGAAAGCACAGAUAUCGAAUAGUACGACUUACAUACUUGGUACUUAAUUUUUAAAAAUUCCUAAGAUGGAUGCAAAUAGGUAUGAUUUGUUUGAAAACGAUUUUUCUAUGAGUACAAUUUUAUUUAAAGUAUCAUGUACUUUUAAUUGUACUUGAGCAAAUAAUAUGUGGGAGACGCGUACAAUUUAGUGCAAUAAAUUAAUAGUAAUAUAGUAAUUAUAAAAUGUUUAUUUACAUAUAUUUAACUGAGUAAAUAUUUAUAUUUUGCAAACAAUUGUAAACAUAUUAUGUAACUUUAACUGUACAUAUCAUAAACAAUAAUUAUUUAUAACGUGAACAAUCGAGCAAAGAGUAAUUUAUUAGUAAAUCAUUAAAUUAGAUAUACAAAUAUACAAAACAUUGUGCUAUUCAAUCAAUAAUAAUAAUCUUUAUCCAAAAGUUAUAUGUCAUUCAGUUUUAAAUUCCUUAUUGCCUAGAGUGUGUUGAAGUUCUUGCUAAUGAAGAGUUCUACAAUAUUUACACUUAUAAACUAUAAUACCUAGUUAUUUACAUGAAACAAAGUGAUACCAUUGUUGUAUCAGUUGUUUUCAUCUUUUCUUCCUCGUCGUUUAAAUUCAUCAUAACGCAGGAUGCGCGUGUAUAUCAAUGUAAUAUUAAUAUAUACGCACGGCCGGCAAUAUUAAAUACAAGGGAAAAUAUAUGCGUUUACAUAUAUAUGCAACAGCCUAAACUGUUAUUACAGUAACGCCUAAUAAUAUUAUUGCUUCAAAGCACAUUAUUUUGACGUUUGUGCAGAAAUCGUUUCAAUAUUCCCAGAGUAAUAACACAAAUUAGCGGGCUUGUAAUUAUGUAUGUACAUGUAACCAUUAGAAAGAACAAAUAUCGAAUUAUAAAUUACUCUAUUUGUUAAAACUU